AUGCUUCAGAAAGUUUUCAAGCAAAAUCAAGCUUUUGUUCGAAAUUGUUUACGGAUGCUAGCGGAGACAGCGUGCAACGCGGGGAAUGUCGGGAUACUGGACUGGGUUAACCAGUUUGGCAUCGAGCUGCGAUCCACAGAGCAUAUCGAAAACGCUGUCAUGCACGGUGACGUCAAAAUGUUGCAGUGGUUUUUCGAGCGUGGGUUUGAAGUAAGGGAUCCAGAGCUGCUUGAAUUGGCGGUUGAAAGCGGUCAGUUAGAAGUUGCUCGUUGGUUGGUGGAGCACCGUCUUGCUGUGAUUUCACUUGAGCUGGUCACGAUUGCUGGAGAUAUUGAAAACGAGGCGAUGAUGAGGUGGCUGGUUGAGCACGGGCCACCGCUUGAUGUGGCAACAGCAAUGCGGUUGGUGUUUGACUAUCAUUACGUCGAGAUUGCUUUGUGGUUAUCGGAGGACGUCCGGCAACAUCUCGUUCUUGAGGCGUUACGUAAAGCUAACCACAAGGUUAUGUGGUGGAUACUCUCCAAAACGCAGUUUCAAGAUGGAGCUAAAAGCUGCAUUUGUGAUGCCAUCCAGUGCUGUCCGAAGAAGGCGCAAUUAUAG